ACCGGUUCGAGGUUAUAAACCUCGUUUCUAAAGUGACUGUUGACGUCACUCACUCCUUUCUGACUUCGGUCGCCAUUAUAGUAGGUAACGAUUUUGGAAGUUGAAGGGAGAAAAGAGAACACCGGUAAAACAAAAUGGUUAACUUCACCGUAGACGAGAUCCGGGAUAUGAUGAACCGGAAACGGAACAUACGUAAUAUGUCCGUUAUUGCCCAUGUAGAUCAUGGAAAAUCAACUUUAACUGAUUCGCUUGUUUCUAAGGCUGGAAUUAUUGCUGCUGCCAAAGCUGGUGAGAUGAGAUUCACUGAUACAAGAAAAGACGAACAAGAAAGAUGUAUUACAAUCAAAUCUACGGCAGUUUCAAUGUAUUUUGAAUUGGGCGAAAAAGAUUUAACAUUUAUUAAAGAAGAAACACAAAAGGAGAAGGACAUUAAAGGUUUUUUAAUCAAUUUGAUUGAUUCUCCGGGUCACGUAGAUUUUUCAUCAGAAGUAACUGCCGCUUUACGUGUAACUGAUGGUGCUUUGGUUGUUGUUGAUUGUGUGAGUGGUGUGUGUGUACAAACCGAGACUGUGCUUAGACAGGCUAUUGCUGAACGUAUUAAACCCGUACUUUUUAUGAAUAAAAUGGACCUUGCUCUGUUAACUCUCCAGCUUGAAAAAGAAGACUUGUAUCAAACUUUCCAACGUAUUGUAGAAAAUGUUAAUGUCAUCAUUGCAACUUACAAUGAUGAAACUGGACCCAUGGGAGAUGUCAAGGUUGAUCCAUCUAAAGGAAGUGUAGGAUUUGGUUCUGGUUUACAUGGUUGGGCAUUCACUCUUAAACAAUUUGCCGAAAUCUAUGCCGAGAAAUUUAAGAUUGAUGUUGAGAAAUUGAUGAACAGAUUGUGGGGAGAAAACUUCUACAAUCCUAAAUUAAAGAAGUGGUCUAAGAAAUGUGAUGAAGGUUACAACAGAGCUUUUUGCAUGUUUGUUUUAGAUCCAAUUUAUAAAAUUUUUGAUGCAAUCAUGAACUAUAAGAAAGAGGAAACUGCAAGGCUGCUUGAGAAGUUGAAUGUAGUUUUAAAAGGAGAUGAUAAAGACAAGGAAGGAAAAGCCCUGUUGAAGGUUGUGAUGAGAACUUGGUUACCAGCUGGAGAUGCUCUUCUUCAGAUGAUAGCAAUUCAUUUGCCGUCACCCGUGACGGCACAACGCUACCGUAUGGAAAUGUUGUACGAAGGUCCUCACGAUGACGAAGCAGCCGUUGCAAUCAAAAAUUGUGAUGCUAACGGACCACUCAUGAUGUACGUAUCAAAAAUGGUUCCGACAUCUGAUAAGGGAAGAUUUUAUGCUUUCGGUCGUGUUUUCUCUGGUACUGUUUCUUCGGGACAGAAGGUCAGAAUUAUGGGACCUAACUACACACCAGGAAAGAAAGAUGACUUAGCAGAAAAAGCUAUUCAAAGAACUGUUCUUAUGAUGGGUCGUAAUACAGAGCCCAUUGAAGAUGUUCCAUCUGGUAACAUUUGUGGUUUAGUUGGUGUAGAUCAAUUUCUUGUAAAAACUGGCACAAUAACAACUUACAAAGAGGCUCAUAACAUGAGAGUUAUGAAAUUUAGCGUCAGCCCAGUUGUGCGUGUAGCUGUAGAACCACAAAAUCCAUCAGAUCUUCCAAAGUUGGUUGAAGGUUUGAAGAGAUUAGCAAAAUCUGAUCCUAUGGUUCAGUGUAUAAUUGAAGAAUCUGGAGAACACAUUGUUGCUGGUGCCGGAGAGUUACAUCUUGAAAUUUGCUUGAAAGACUUGGAAGAGGAUCAUGCUUGUAUUCCACUCAAAAAAACUGAUCCAGUUGUAUCUUACCGAGAAAGUGUAUUAGAAGAAUCUAGUAUAACCUGUCUGUCUAAAUCUCCUAAUAAGCACAACCGUCUGUAUAUGAAAGCUAUGCCUAUGCCUGAUGGUCUUCCAGAGGACAUAGAUAAGGGCACUGUCAAUCCAAGAGAUGAUUUUAAGGCUCGAGCUCGCUAUUUAUCAGAUAAAUAUGAAUGGGAUGCUACCGAAGCACGUAAAAUCUGGUGUUUUGGUCCAGAAGGAACAGGUCCUAAUCUCCUAGUAGAUGUAACUAAAGGUGUUCAAUAUUUAAAUGAAAUCAAAGAUAGUGUUGUUGCUGGUUUCCAAUGGGCUACUAAAGAGAGUGCACUAUGUGAAGAGAAUAUGCGGGGUGUAAGAUUCAACAUCUAUGAUGUCACGCUUCAUGCAGACGCUAUACAUCGUGGUGGUGGCCAGAUUAUUCCAACUGCUCGUAGAUGUCUUUAUGCUUGUGCACUUACAGCCUCCCCACGCAUUAUGGAACCAAUUUAUUUAGUAGAAAUUCAGUGUCCCGAAAAUGCCGUCGGUGGUAUCUACGGCGUUUUGAAUCGCAGAAGAGGUCACGUAUUUGAAGAGUGCCAAGUUGCAGGAACUCCUAUGUUCAUUGUAAAAGCUUAUUUGCCAGUAAAUGAAUCAUUUGGUUUUACUGCCGAUCUCCGUUCCAAUACCGGCGGACAGGCAUUCCCUCAAUGUGUAUUUGACCACUGGCAGAUCUUGCCCGGAGAUCCAAUGGACGGAAAGUCUCGCCCAUACCAAAUUGUCAUGGACACAAGAAAAAGAAAAGGUCUAAAAGAGGCUCUUCCCGAUCUUGACCAGUACUUGGAUAAACUAUAAAUUAUGUGAAGCUUAGACCAACAUGCUGUUAGCCCGUUUUGUUGAUUGAGGCAUUUUUGGCCUGGGAAGAUUAUAUAUAUAUAUAUUAUUGAAAGAUGUGGUUUACCACAAGCAGCAGCAUGGCCUACUUUACAAGCAUUGAGCUGCACUGUGUAUAGUCCAAGUACUGUGAAUAAAAAAAAAAAGUUAAACUGCAUCAUGAAUUGCUGCAA